AUGACUGUCUACGCCGUUGUUCUGCUCAAGAUCCACGACCGAGAAAGAUAUCAGAUCUAUCAGGACGGUGUCAUGCCGUCCAUCACCAAGAACGGAGGCAAGAUUGUGGCUUUUGAUGAGGAUCCCAAGGUCAUCGAGGGCGACUGGCCCUACAACCGCAGUCUAGUGCUGUCAUUCCCGAGUGCUGAGGAUCUCAACAAUUGGUACACCGCGCCUGAGUACCAAGCCUUAGUCCCGCACCGCUGGCAAGCCUCGACCGGUCAGCUGGCUGUUCUGCGCAGUUUCGAAUGAGUUACUCCAUCUCCGCCUACCUUUCGGCAUAGUGUUGCAGCAGAAGGGAUUUUGAGUCAGGAUACAGGCAUGGCAAGCGAUAUGAGAGUAGGUGCUUGUGAAGCUGAGGGAGGAGAUCGAUGAGGGACGGGAAGGGGGGGGGGGGCUUGUUUAUGAGAAUGCAUGGCUCCAUAGAAUCUCAUCUCCAAAGGGUUUAGACAGAGGCAAUGAUAUGCGCCUGUGGAUUAAAAUCUCCCCUCAGAUCCUCAUUUAAUAUGUAUUAUUCUCCUAUU